AUGGCAUCUACUAUGCUCUCCAGUUCACUGAUUUCCCUCCUCUAUUUGGUGCUUCUGACGUUUGUGGGCAGUGCAGUGCUCCUUGCUGAGAUGCACCAGCACAGCUCACAGAGCCGCAAUGUCCUUGCUUUCCUGGAGGCGCUCAUGAUCUCUUCCUGCAUCUGGAUGCUCUGGUUUGGCUGCCACUCUUCCCGCAACAAGCAGCUGAAAAGGCACCAGGAUCACCAGGCAGGAGCAAGCUGGCUAAAAGGUAGAGAUGUUAACACAGAUAGGAUCCAUUGCAAAAUGCCCGUGCCCAAGCAAAUUGUGCAAUCCUUCAAACAACGAAGACCAUCACUAGCAAUGAAACCUCCUUGCCCUUCCAAAGUUUUGGCAUUUCUACUAAAAGGGGACUCAGGCAAGUGCACUAGAGGAGCUGUGAUACACAAGACAUCAUUACAGUUGAAUCCUGCAGAGAAAAUGUGGUUCUUGGAUCUGCUGGUGUCUGACAGAUCCAAGCCAACCAGAAGAUAUUUCAGAAUUUCAGUCCACUCUGCUAUUAGCCUGACUUGCACUUCAUUUCAUUUCAGAGAGACAGAGAGCCUAUUGUUAUAUCCAGUGCUUUUUUUCUGGGCAACGCAGGGGUACGCAUACCCCUAAACAUUUCAUGAAUCUCUGACUUUGUCCAUUUACUGUAUUUAUUUUCUCCGAUUUGAACUACAAAAUGGUGGUUUUCAUGAGUCAAAAUGAGAGUACCCCUAAACACUUUUUUAGAAAAAAAAGCACUGGUUAUAUCAGCCAAUUUGUUCUCACAAACAACCACUCGCAUCAGCGGCCUACCCCUAUUAGCAUCGCAAUGAUUGGCGAGGGUGGGGACUUCCAUGAAACCACAGAUUUCUCAGUCUUGUUUCACAAUUCCCCUUCCCAUGCAGCUCAUGUUGUUGUUUUUUAAUCUGUAGUCUUAUGGGUCAGUGGAGAAAGGCACUGGGGACUCACUUUGGAAUUGACAGGGUGGAACUGUCAGGAUGCAGAUGCUUUCCUUCAUCAGCAGGAAGCCUGUUCCCCUUGCUCUCUCUGGUCCCACGGUCUUGGCACUUAAUAUGAAUGGACCUCCUGCCCCCUUCUGCUUCCUGAAUAAAUUAUCAGAGUGCCUGCUUUCUGUGCCGCAUUUGUGGUGACCAUGCUGUCUUGUCAUGGCAGGCGGUCUCUCUCUCUUUGCACUGGCCACCUUGGUUUUGGACUGCCUCUCCUUGGGGUACAGCUAUGAGCUGCAACACUGCGCCUCCAUGCUCAUCACCACCUUCCCUGUCGUGCAGGCUGUUUUUACCAUCAUCCAGGUGAGGUCAAAUGUGGUCAGAUAUUUGGUGGGGAUGCCACACCACAGGCAAGCUCAGCCUUAGAGGAGUUAGCUAUUCUCCUUCCUUUUCUGCCACACAUCUAGGAUCCCAGCCCCUUCGGCUUCUCUCCACUGUGUUCUUUCUCCUUGCAAAACCUUCACUACUGUUAAAGAGGCAGUGCAUAAGGCAAAAUUUCAGAGUACUGGAGGAACAGUUUGUGCCAGGCUUCCCGAACCUAGUGGGCUUUCAGCAACCAUAGUCAAGCUAAAGGUAAAGGAACCCCUGACCAUUAGGUCCAGUCAUGGCCGACUCUGGGGUUGUGGCGCUCAUCUCGCUUUAUUGGCCGAGGGAGCCGGCAAACAGCUUCCGGGUCAUGUGGCCAGCAUGACUAAGCCGCUUCUGGCGAACCAGAGCAGCACACGGAAAUGCCGUUUACCUUCCCGCCGGAGCGGUACCUAUUUAUCUACUUGCACUUUGACGUGCUUCCGAACUGCUAGGUGGGCAGGAGCAGGGACCGAGCAACAGGAGCUCACCCCGUCACGGGGAUUCGAACCGCCGACCUUCUGGUCAGCAAGUCCUAGGCUCUGUGGUUUAACCCACAUGGACUACAACUUCCAUCCUCCCUGGCCAUUGACCUUCCUGGUUGGGGCUAAUGGGAGUUGGGAGUCCAAUAAACACAGAGAGCACCAGGUUGGGGAAGACUGGUUUAUACUAUUAGUGGCAAAUGGUGAUGUGAUCUUCUGUCUCUUUCCCCUCCCUGGCACCUUCUUUCCCUUCUUUUCAGGUCUCAGUGCUGUUGUUUAAUGCUAAAGUUUGCAUCCAGGAACACCAGCAUCUAAACAGGUAGGUGUAGUCUCUUGAGCUAUGUAAAAUCAGCAACCCAAACAGCUACCAGGCAUACACACUGGUCCAAGGUUUGAACUUCAAAGGAGUACAGUCUUUUUUAACCUAUGGGAUUCUUUAUUAUUUCAUCCAUCUUUCUUCAAAGGUGGGAUAAAAAUGCAAUAAAUGAAAGCAUCCAAUCAUCACAAAGACUGCUGUUUGUACUGCAGAACUUUCCUCCUCUUCACCCCCACACUGUGCCCUUUCCUUAAAUGUGCUCCAGAGGGGUGAAGGAAAGUCCAGAACAUAUUUAAGGGGUGCACAGGCAGGGAAGGAAAGUCCUGUUGCACAAACAGUAAUCAUUGCACUGCUAGGGCACGCACUUAGCACUGCCCUGGAUGCAAUUAGAAUCACAGAGAAUCAGAGACAUAGAGUUGGAAGGGACCACGAGGGUCAUCUAGUCUAACCCCCUGCAAUGCCCGCAGCUGUCCCUGAGAGGGUUUGAACCGCCCGCCUUCCAAUUAACAAGCAGAUGUGCUGACCCAUUGCACCACAGGAGGGUUUGCAUUGGGUAGCUGUAAUAUGAAAAUUCUGCCUCUGGCAAGGAUGAGGACGCCUGGAAGAAUCUGAAUGUUGCAGAUGAGGCAACCGUGCAGGGAAAAGCGAGUCAGGUUUUUGGCAGCCUCGUAAGAAUGCCAGUGCAUGAAAUGGCUACAAAGAUGCUAAUCAUGGCUGGGAGGAAUGUUUGGAUUGGGGCCAGGGAGCCUCUAUCUACCUUUGAACCAAAUUGAGUAGGGAAGGGUGAGGUGCAGAGAUCUUUAAUUUAUCCCCUUCCUCCUUUCUCCCUGUGACUUCUAGGUUUGGGCUGAUGCACACUCUGGCCACCAAUGUGCUCCUGUGGAUGAAUGUGGUGCUGGAUGAGUCCAUGAAGCAGCUGGAAGAAUUUUAUGAUGCUCACAAGGGAGAGACUUCACAGGCCCCCCAUGGUACAAACCGUCCUUCUCAUCUGGGGAGGGAGCUCUCAAAGAGAGGUCUACAAAUGGCUUGGCUUGGCUUCCUAAGUGACAAACUUAGGAACUAAGUCUUUCAAAGUGACCAAAGGCAUGGUUCCAAUCCAAUGGUAGGGCUGCCAUAUUUCAAACAGGGAAAAUCCGGACAGCAAAGUUGUAAAGCUGCUGACAUAGGCUGCCAUACAUCUGGAUUUUCCCGGACAUUUGGCCUAUUUCCACCCAGACUCUGCUGAGGAAUGUGGUAUUCUGGAUAUGUCCAGGAAAUUCUGGACGUAUGGCAACCCUGUCCAAGGGACGUCUGUUUACUUGCUAUCUUACUAUACUUAUAUGGUAGCCCAGUAAUGUAUGUUCUCUGAGCAUUCACAUCCGUUCUCUGGCUUUUUGGUAUAAAGUUGUCAUGAUUGGAUGAAGAAAGCAGAAAAUAAUAAUAAUAAUAAUUUUAUUUAUACCCCGCCCUCCCCGGUCAGGACCGGGCUCAGGGCGGCUACCAUCAAAGUAUGUUACAUUAAAAACAUAAAUCAAACAAUCAAUUAAAAUACAUCUUAAAAUCAAAUUUGGAGCAGAAUAAAAUCAGAUGGCAACCCACAGAUUAUAAUUUUAGGGGAUGGGAACAUUGAGUGCUCACCAGGCCCAACUGUUUGUGCUGGUCUUAUAUGAGCCGGUGGACAAGAGCUGUGUGCGGUUUCUCAACUACACACAGGGCACAGCCACACCAAAAAGUGCUCUUAAUACCAUUUUAACAGUCAGGCUUCCCCCAAAGAAUCCUGGGAACUGUAGUACUGACCUCACCAAGCUACAAUUCCCAGCACCCUUAACAAACUACAGUUCCUAGGAUUCUCCAUGAGUGUUAAAGUGGUGUAAGAAUGCUUUAAAUAUUUGCUGUGGGUGUGACCUAAGUGGACAGAAUUGUCCUCUUUUCCAGUUCAAAGUUGCUGUUGUUCCUCUGCUAAACAUAUAUCCAUUUUCUAGCACAAGCGUCCUAUUCUUCCUACAGGUGGUUCCCACACCAACAGCUGCAUCUGUACCACCAGCCUUUGCCACAUCUUUUCAGAAGGCGCCGCCUACCUGCAUCCCUUCAAUAUUGAGUUCAGUCUCUUCUCUUCUACAAUGCUGUACAUCAUCUGGAAGAACACAGGGCGGCAAAGCCCCAGCCAAAAGCCCCAGCUCACUCACAAGGCACACUUCCAUCUCAGUGGGGCUUUUGUGGGGCUAGUGCUGGGGGCCUUGGCCAUUUCAGCAACAUUUGGGGUGAUGAUCUCCUUUGGAGUGCUUGCCAAGUCUCCCCACACCAUUCCUGAAGCCCUACGGACAUACUACAUCUUCAACUCUGUGCUCUUGUCAGCCAUGUUCCUGGCAACUUUGAUUGGCAUUGCCACCUAUAGAAUGAAGAAAAAAUCUGCGGCUCUCCCUUCUGACAAGAGCGUAGUAAGAAACUUAGAUGUCACCUUGCUUCUGGGCAGCUCCUGUGGUCCUCUCAUGGUAUCCAUCUUCUCUUUGGUUGCCAUCUUAUUUCUUCAUACCAAUGGUGGCCUCCACCUCCUAGACUUCUGCUUCUCCCUCUGCAAGACCAUCCAGAUAUUGGGACAGAAUCUCUUCAUUACUGAAGCUUUGUACUCAAGCCUCCCUCAAGAGCCAGAUGGCCAAGACAACAGCAAUUCUGCUGCUGCCAGCUGGAUCUUUUCCAUUUCCAGAGGUCCUGCAGAACAGGAUGGCAAUAGAGCUUACUCCAAAACCCAUACACUGACCAACAUCAUGGCCAGUUUGGAAAAUCAACUGCCCAUGCACUUGUCAGAUCAUGGUGAUGACCCAUCCCUCUUCCAGAUUUCACACAUUCAGAGAGAACCUAAAAAACAAAGUAUCAGAAGGAAGGUCCUACAAAACAUCUCAAUUCUCCUCAUCUUCUACAACAUAUCGGUAAGUUGGGUUUGGUUUAAGACAGAUCUAAAGGUGGCACCAAAAUUGCAGUGGGUGGGGGAUUUUGUGGAAAGGGCUUCUAGGGAGACCCUAUGCAACCAGGAACCAGGCUGCCCAUGGCAGAAUUGAGGCAGUAGUCUCUGUUGGCUUAGUUUUGAUAAUAUGAUCAAUCUAUGUCAGCAUGCCAAGUAAGUCUUAGCCCAGGCCUAGUGAAGACUUGUGGUUUGUGUUCACUAGGCCCAGGCCAAGCUAUAUACCAGAAAGUGCAACAGAUACCAGUCACGAAAUGGCUAUCUUGAGGUUGUGGUGCAACACAACAUGGCUGCCAUGGGGAAUGUGGCAUGACACAAAAUGGCUGCCACAUCUAAAACAGCAGAAAGAGGGACACAACUGCAAAAUGGUAAGGACAUGUCCACAACUACCAGCCACUUCAAGAAUGGGAAACAGGUUCUUACAGGAUUGGACACUGUCCUACACCCAGGUGUGGCUGGCAAAGUUGCUUUUUAUCAGGCAACAUUGUGCUCACUUACCAAGAGCAGUUGAUUUCUGAACAGAGAACUGCAAGGAGCAUUUUUCUAUGAGGUAGCUGAUGUAGCUGCCUUUUUAUCAUCCAUCCCAGGGCUCCCCCAGAGAGAAGCUCUUUGCACCUCUCCUGUGUUCAGAAUAGAUGAGAGGAUGGGUGUCCAAUUCAAGACCUUUUGUGGGCAUCACAGUAGGUACUGACGGGAACACUGGUGCCCACAAGCACCAUGUUGGUGAACCCUGUUAUACACCAACAUAGAAUGACACCAUUUCCUAAAAUGUUAAAAUAAUAAUUAUUAUUGAUUAAAACUAUCAUCAACACAUCAGUUACAGUACAUAAAGAAAUUACAAACAUGUCAUAAAUAUUUAAUGACAAGGUAUAAAAAGAUAUUAAAAGUUAAUUCACCCUUAAUUCAAUAUUGUAGUCUUUAAACAAGAAGCAGCAUUAGAAACCUACUUUACACCAUGAAAUUCCAAGAUAAAUACUGCAGAGCAAAAGAAAGUGAGUACCUGUUUCACUUUCGAAAAUGUUCCAAACAAUAUCCAGUCUUCUUUGAACUUAUUUGCCUUAGCUCUUCUAGGCUGAUAUGAAGACUUUUUACUCAUCAUUGCCAAAUUUCAGUUUGCUCUACCAAAUUCCUUAUUGAAGAACCCCCCCCCCCCAGUAUGUUACAUGCACUAAUCUUGCCAUAAUGUUGCUGAUUUUGUUAGAACUCCAAGCAUGCCAAAUCUGAAAUGGAAAACACAGGAGAUUGUCUAAUAAUAUUUGUAGUAACUACCGUAACUUUGCAAAAUCAGUUCUUGAAUGUGUUCCAAGUGAGAGAAUCUAUGUGACCCGUAGAGGGCAGUAGUGGAUUAGAACCAAGAUCAACAAACAGUCUUAUGGCACCUUCAAGAUGUGGACCAGAGACCAUUUCAUCAGAUGCAUCUAAUGAAGUGGACUCUUCUUCAUAAAGGUUCUGCCAUAAUAAAACUUGUUUGUCUUUAAGGUGCCACAAUACUAUUUGAUGGUUGGAGUAGCAGGAAGCUAACAUAGGUACUUAUAAAAUGGUUAUUUGGCUUGUAAUGUUAGUCACCUAACAAACUGCAUUUGGUACUUUGCAACACCAAGUCAAGCUUUGCUAUCACAAAUCCUUUUCUCCUGAUUCCAAAAAUGUUCAUAUUUGUUAGUUUCUCCUUUAUGCAAAUCCCCCACCCCUUUUUUGUUGCAAACAGUAUCAAGGAAACAGCACAACAGCGACAUAAAUGAGGAUUCCUAUGCAGCCUAUAGCUCCGAUGUAGGUACACUGGUACCUCUGGAUGCCAAUGGGAUCCGUUCCGGAGCCCCGUUCACAUCCAGAAGUGAACGCAACCCGCAUAUCUAAAAACAUAACGCAUCAUCAUUGUUUAAAAUGUCAUGCUUCCAGAAAUUUUCAAGGACCUGAGUUACGUAACUGAAGAAUUCUGGCACCGCAUGGAAAGCAUUUCUUCUUGCCAAAGAAAGUUGGGUGAAGUGGAACAACAUCCCCAUCUAUAGAAUGGCCGAUCUACAUGUUCAGGAGGCACACAAAUGCUACAACUUUCCUGGGACUGUACCAAUUCGGAAUCCAGGCAGUGGAACUGAACUUUAUCCCUGUCUUCAAAAUUUAAUUCCACUCCCCUCCUGCCACCACAAAAAAUCUGGCGCUUUAGAAAGAAAGGCUCUAACCAAGCUUUACUCCUGACCUGCUGCUUGUUUAUGUUCACACAAAGGGAAGGGGAGAUAUAGCUGUGUGACACACCUCUCACAUUCUGACCUACAACAGGUCAUGGAGCACUGCCCCAUGUUCUUUCUCUGAACAUGUAGAUUGGCUCAAAGAGCACCUUCUAAUCCGGCACAUGAAAACUUCUGAUUGUUGUUCAUGUGCUUGAGAAAGCAGAACAGGGGACAGUGGAAAAACAGGUGUAUAUCCUAGACAACGUAGCUUUUCCAUGUGCUCUAUAGGCACGUCAAAUGCUAAAUAAGUAUGGGAGACAUUUCAGGAAGGAUGGGGAAGUGGUGGUCCACCAGAUGCUGGAUGGGGCUGAUGGGAGUUGUAGUUCAACAAUAACAACAGAAUAUGGAGGGCCACACGCUCCCCAUCCCUCCCAUGAAAGGAUGCUGCUGCCCCAAAAUAAUGGCUACUUGUGCCAACAGUUUGAAGUCGGUUUUAUUCCUUUCCCUGUUUGCUUUGUUUGACUAGGUGUGGAUUCUAUAUGCCUAUGGGACCCGCCCGCACCUGGUGAGCCAGAUUGAGCAGUCUUUCUAUGGCUUCACACUCUGGGCCAUCGUGGUCAAGAUCUCCCUGCCACUGGGCAUCUUUUACCGCAUGCACUCCGUGGCUAGUCUCUUUGAAGUUUACUGCAAGACCUGCAAAACACCACCAACCUUAGGACCACCAAUGCACCCUGACAUCAUGAAGAGAGCAGCAUAA